AUUUUUUAUCUCUUUCUUUUUAUUUUGUGGAACCAGCGGUACACAAUUUACUUCGCCUUGUGCAAUUGGUUUAGUUCGUCUAAAUAUGCCACGUGAAAUUAAAGAGGUCAAGGACUUUUUGAAUAAAGCACGGCGUUCCGAUGCGCGUGCAGUUAAAAUCAAGAAGAAUCCGGCCAACACCAAAUUCAAGAUUCGUUGUUCUAGAUUUCUUUACACCCUUGUCGUUCAGGAUAAGGAAAAGGCUGAUAAAAUAAAACAGUCUUUGCCACCAGGAUUGCAAGUGAAGGAAGUGAAGUAAAUUACCUUCAAUUAUUGCAUACCGUGUCACCGUACAUAUUAUAAUUCACGGUUUUAAGAGGGUGUCUAAUAUUUGUAUUUAAUUUAAAAUUGAAUAAAUAAAUUUCGCCUGACAAAACUGGGAAAUACUUAAA